AAAAAGAAAUUAAGAAGCUGGAAAUGGAGAAGAGAAGAGAAAUGAAUGGAAUUUAGGUUCAUUUUCGUUUGAAACGUUAAACAGUAAAGAUUAUAAAAAAGUUGAGUUCCAAAAUUAUUCAAGUUUGGUUUUCAAAAAAAAACUUUUAGUGUAUUAUAAGUAAACGAAAAUUGUUAUAAGAUUUCCGUAAAAAUAAUUCCUGACACAAUUUAAUUUAAUUAGAAACUUUUUGAUACUCAUAAACUAUUAAUUUAAUCAUGAAAAUCACAUUCAUUCUUGAACUUUUGGUGAUACUCAUAAUUAUCGCUUAUGGUGCUGCAAAACCUCUUUCAGAAUCGAGAGCAAUAAAGUCUAAUGUGAGGCAAGCAGUAGAAGCAGCAAAUCCAGCAAUUGCUUCCGUCAAGCCUGAGGCAGAUGAAGACGAUGACGACGAUGAUAUUCUUGGACUAAUUGCUGGUGAUGACGAUGAAGCAGAUGAAGACGACGAGACUGAAUCUGAUAUUGACCUUUUAAGUGCAUUAGCAGAUGACGAUGAUGAUGAUGAUGAUGAGACACCUGCUGUUGAAGCACAAAAAGAACCAGCUAAAAAACCACAGUCAACACCUGCUGAGGACGAUGAUGACGAUGAUGACGAUGUAUUAGAUUUAAUUGUUGAUGAUGAUGAUGAUGAAGACGACGACGAAGGAGAGACUUUGUUUGGUGGUUUUGGAGGAGACUUCUUUGCUGAUAUUUUAGAGGAUGAAACGACAAAGAAACCAACAGUAGCACCAAUUCAAUCAGUUGUAGCCUCACUUGUGACAUCUGCUCCCAUUGCUGCCGAUAAACCUGCUGUACUCGAGCCAGUAAAAACACCUUUAAUUACUUUAGUAGACGCAGUUCCUGUAGAAGCAAAUGAAAUUGUAUCCACGGUUGAAAAUGUUAGUCAAAGCGAUGAAAAAUUAGCAGAACUUGCUGUUGAAGCGGAAACAAUCAUGCCUUUAGUACCAGAAAAAAAUGAAUCAAUAAAUGAGAUUGUGUCUAAUAUCGAAAGUGAUUCAACGGCACCAGUAGAAACUUUGGCUAGUGAAGUUAUUUCUCAACCGCCUACUGCUGAUGUUGCAGUUGUAACACCAACUAAAGCAACAUCGGAAGAGGAAGGUCUUCUUGAAGGAAUCAUUAAUACACUAACAUUUGAUGACGCUGAAGACGAUGAUGAUGAUGAUGAAAGUGUAGAGUUAUUGAGAGAUGAGGCAAAGCCAGAAAACGAUGAAGACGAUGAUGAUGAUGAUGAUAAUGAUGAUGAUGAUGAUGAUGGUGAUGAAGAGAAAAAUCAAGAAAGUACAAAUAUUGAAGCUGAAAACACAAGUGUCAGAAAUUCCAUAAAAGAUGAAGACGAAGAUGAUAUAAAAGUUCCGUCAUUGACAGAAAGUCUUGGUUUGAUAGCUUAAAACAUCAACGUGGACGUACGUGUUUAAUAAAAAGCAUUUUUUUCUUCUCUUACCACAAGAACCUAUCCUACCCAACAGUAAUUUAUUAAUGACAGCGACCGACGAUAAUUUGAUUAAUUAACUUAUUUAUUUAUUUAUUGUUAUUAAUUUAUUACCUUAAAUUAAGAUUGACUUACGUUUGAUGGUAUUUAAGUAAAUGUCUCUGAUAGUUUUUUUUUACUUGGUUUCCAUCAAACUGCGUGCUAUAAAAUAAGAAGCCGUCCAUUAAUAAUUUAAGAAUAUUAAAUGAAUUCCAUUCCACUUAAUGCCAAUAAAAAGAAAGA